GAAAGAUUUACGCAGCCUUGACCUUGCAAAACGAAGAAGACUUGCUGUGCAACAUGAAUUGAUGACCACGGAGUAUUCUAUAAUCUAAUUCUAAAAAUCACCUUGUAAAAGUUCCUUGGUAUGGAGAAGCUUUCGCAGGUUUCUAUUGAAGUUAUUAUGAAGAACAAAAUUCUUGUUAGCAUAUUUUCCAGCACAAUCUUUAACUUUUUGGUUUCCGGAGUUUUAUUUCACAAUGGAAGGUGGUUUCCUUGAGGUACUAGUUGUUAAUGCAAAAGGAAUCAAACCAAGAAAUUUGUUUGGUAAACCAGCCUAUUACGUGGUAAUACAAUGUGGCGCUGAAGUGAGGAGGACCAAAAUUACUAAAGGUUAUCACCACAAAGCAUUUUGGAAUCAGAAGUUCGAGUUUGACUUAUCAAUUUCCGAAUGGAAGAAUUUGACCCAUCUUGAAAUCAGUAUAAUGGAUGAUGAAUCUUACAAAGAUGCUGGAUUUGUUGGGCAUGCUAUAAUUUUUCUUGGUGGGAUUAUUGCAGAAGGUAAUGACAGAGGACUCAUCGAAUUACAUCCUUCUCCAUAUAACGUUGUGCUUGAAGACUCCACAUUCAAAGGACAAAUCAAGAUUGGGCUUAAAUUUGAAGUUUAUAAAAAAGGGCACAAGAAAACCAAAGAAGAAAGUGUGCAGGUUAUGGAAACAGGGCAUGAUUUUUAUCGAAGUUUGUUUAGAGUUUUGAAGAUAUCAUGGUGGAGAGUACUUUUUCCGUACGGUCAAUAUUGAAGUAAUACUUGAAAUCUGGAAUCAUAUAUAUACAUUUAGGAAGAUGGUAUAAACACAUGAAGCACUUGGUCU